UCUAAAAUGCAUUAAUUUGAGAAUGAAACAAAGAAAUUUUUGGAAGAAUUAAAAAAUGGAUCAAGCAAUAUUUUAGUAUAAAUAUAUGUAUUCUUUAGGUAGCAAUAAGAGUUAGACCUUUAAACUAGAAAGAGAGAAGUGUAUCAGAGUUUGAAACAAUCAGAAUACUAGAUGGUAAAAUGAUAGUAUUGAUGGAUCCAGAAUCAGAAAGAGAGGAUGAUGUAUUUACAUUAUAUAGAAUAGUUAUUAAGAAAAAAUAGGUUGAAAGAAACAAAUUUUGCAUUUGAUUUUGUUUUUGAUUAAUGGACACCAUAAUAAAAAAUUUAUGAAAAUACAACUGAGUUUUUAUUGGAAGGAGUAUUGGAAGGUUUUAAUACAACAGUGUUUUGUUAUGGAGCCACAGGUUCUGGGAAGACAUUUACGUAUAUAUAAAUAAUAAAAUUUACAUUAGAAUGAUAGGAACCCAAUAAGAAACAGGUUUAAUGCCAAGAGCAUUGUAAUCUUUGUUUAAUUAUUCUGAAUCAGACAGAUUUAAAGAUACAUAAUUUAAGGUUUCAUAUGUUGAAAUCUAUAAUGAGAAUAUUAGAGAUUUAUUAACAUCAGAAGAUAAAAAUUUAGAAAUUAGAGAAGAUAAAAAUAAUGGUAUAUAAAUAUCAGGUGUUAUUGAAAUUGAUGUUAAAACCGUUAAUGAGGUAUUGUCACUUCUAAAGGUUGGAAAUAGAAAUAGAUCUAAAGAAGCAACAGAUGCAAAUAAAGAAUCUUCAAGAUCACAUGCAAUAUUACAAAUAUAGGUAGAAUGUAAGGAUAAAGCAGCUGGAUUAUAAGAAUAAAUUAUUUAAAGUAAAUUUAGUUUAGUAGAUUUGGCUGGGAGUGAAAGAGCAGCAAAUACAAAUAAUAGAGGUUUAAGAAUGGUAGAGGGUGCUAAUAUUAAUAAAUCAUUAUUGGUCUUAGGAAAUUGUAUUCAAUCAUUAUCAGAAGCUAAUGAAAAAGGAAUCAAAAAUCCUUUCAUUCCUUUUAGAAAUUCUAAAUUAACUAGACUAUUAAAAGAUUCUUUAGGUGGAAAUUGUAGAACCGUUAUGAUUUCAAAUGUUACACCUUCUGUUUCUAGUUUUGAAGAAACAUAUAAUACUUUAGUCUAUGCCAAUAGAGCCAAGAAUAUUAAAACUGUUGCAAAUAGAAAUGUUUUAGUUGCAUAAAAUCAUAUCAGUAAUUAUGCAUUACUUAUAUAAAAUCUCAGAUAAGAAAAUGAAGAACUCAAAUUAUUGAUUCAACAAUAAUAAUUAAAUUCUUUUACUCCUUAAACAAGUAUUUAAUUUAAUCUAUAUUAUAGAAUUACCUAUUAUUAAUUAAAAAACUACUCCUGUUCCAUAAUUAAGUUUGAAGUAAUAGGUCAAUGAAUUAGAAACUACUAUUAAUUAAAAUGUUUCAGAUAUUGUUGAAGCUAAAAAUAAAUUAUACGAUUUGGAACAAUAACAAAAUCAUUAUUAAUAAAACAUUACUUUUCUAUAAAUUUAAAAAGGUCGCACUUAAGAUAAGUUUGAUUAAAUGAAAUUAUUAGAAAAAAUAGAUAAUGCUAAAACACAAAAAGCUAUUUUCAAAUAAUGUGAAGAUGAUCUCAAACAAUAAUUACUUGAAUACGAUAUAAGAAAAGUUGAUAUUUCAAAAUAGGUUUUAUAAAUUCAAGAUACAAAUCAAAAAAAUUAUUUGUAAGGUAUUAUAAAAUAAGGAGAACUUAAAAUUGUAAUUAUUAUAUCAAUAUUUUAUUAGGAAAAUGUUGAACUACAAAUUUAAGAAAAAAGAAGGAGAUAUUAGGAAACAAUAUAAGAUGAUUAAGUUAGAUAAUUAAGAACUUAAAUUCAUUAACAAUAAUAAGCUAAAUAAAUUUAGAGUGCAAAAUCUAAAUCUAGUUAGCAAAAUGGACCUAAAAAAGGUAAUACUAAAAUUAUAUGUUUUUAUAGUUCCAAGUUUACCUGGAGUAGAUUCUCCAUAUUAUUCAAUUACAGGAGGAUAAACUUAUGCUGUAUAAAGGUAUUUUUAUAUUAUAUAUAUUAGACAUUAAAAAUAAAAAUCACAUCUUAAGUUACCUCCUGUAUUGUAAAUUGGUUAAUUGUAAAAGUCUCCUAAAACUUAAAAUUAAAGUUUAAUUAGUAAGAAUUAUAAUUUAUUAGGUAAUCCACUUAAAUAUCGAAUGGCUCAAAGAUACACAACUAGAUUUAAUAGGCCUCCUUCUUACCGUCCUCCUAGUUCUUCUAGAAAAUCUGCCCUUGGAAAAUAUAUUAACAGAUCUUUAGAUUUAGGAAGUGGAAGAGAAAGUGUUAAUAAAAGUUCUGGAGAUUUGUAAAAUUCUGUUAGUCUCAGGAAACUUAAAAAACUUCAUUAAAAUUAUUAAAAUUAAAGAUUUGAGAGAGUCAUGAGUGGUAAAAAAAAUUAAAAUUCUAUGCCAUAUUUUGGCAGUAAGAUUCUUUUACCAGGAAUGGUUCACAAAUCACCUUACGUCAAAAACUUUUAAAAUAAUUAUGAGCCCAUUGAAAUUAAAAAGGAACGAUUAAAAAUGCUCAAUAUUAAUCUUAAAGCUUAAUACGGCGAUAAAUUCUUGCUGCAAAAUUGA